AUUAACUGACAACUUACAGACUGUACCUAGUUACCGAAAUAUCAAAUAUUGAUCAAUCAGGUAAAUAAUUUGCAAACAUAAGAUUUGAACUGAAAUGGAAAAAGCUUUUGAAAUUCAAAGACAGGCACGAGAUAACGUGAAGUCCUUACAAACAUACUUCACUGACCUGCAAAAUUGGGAAAAGGAGAUGAAGAGGAAAGAAGCCGCACUGAAAGGCGAUUUUGAACAGGAUUUGCCUCCAGUUAGAAGUAAGGUUAAAAAAGAGAAACCUGUAGUUGUAAUGAAAAAACCAGCUCCAAGGAUUGCUGCUUCAGACUACAAUUCCUGGGAUAAAUUUGAUGUGGACAAAGCAUGUGAAGAAGUAGACAUGGCAGAUGUAGGCCCAGCAUCUCUUGAUAGUAAGAAGAGCCAAGAGCAUAAACAGGGAAAGUUGCGAGAGGAAGCUCAGUAUGAGAAGGAAAGAGGUAACACAUUUGUAAAACAAGAAAAAUGGGAUGAGGCAAUAUCAUGCUACAAUAGAGCAAUAGAACUUGUGAAGAAUGAUGCGAUAUACUAUGCCAAUAGAGGAUUGUGUUAUCUGAAGAAGGAUAGCCUCCACCAAGCUGAAAAGGAUUGCACAGAAGCACUUAAACUAGACCCGACGUAUGUUAAAGCCCUACAGAGACGUGCUACGGCUAGAGAGCGACUAGGUUCGCUGCGUGCGGCUUCUAAUGACCUAGUUGAGGUCUUGAAGCUGGAACCGCGAAAUGAAGGUGCUAGACGUCAGCUUGAAGCCAUUAAAAUAAGAAUGAGUUCCAAAGGUGUAAGUAGUGAGUCAAAAUCCAAAUCAUCACCGUUAUCCACUCCAACAAAAGAAAACAAAUCGAUCGUUGAAAACCAGAAUAAACCAAAAAUUGUAGAAAUUGAGGAAAGUAAGGUCAAGGAAUUGUCACCACUGGACAAGUGGAAGGAUGGAGCUGGGGAGAAUAUCACUAUUAUUAAGACUGUGAAGAAACCGCCACACUUACGAUCUAAGAGAGCCCUCAAGCAUAUCACAAUACAAGAAAUACCAUUAGGCUGUACCACCCCUCAGGUCUCAGUACAAUCGGAUAGCCUAGCACAUGGAGACACCAACAAUACCUCAAACACUGUAGCAAAAGUGACCCAACCAACAGAACAAGGUGAUACUUACAAAUUGUGUGAUGUUAUAAUGAAGGAUCUGUCUAUUAGCAAAAUGGAGCCACCAAUGAAUAGUGUACAGUUUAUGCAUGAGUGGAAGUAUAUGAAAGGCUACCCCGAAGGAAGGAGUGAUUAUUUAAGUAUUAUAGCACCAUCUAACAUACCCUCAAUAUUCGCGAACGCAUUAGAAAGUGAUACCCUAUCGGAAAUACUGUUCAUUCUUCAUGAGUUUAGAAACAAGUAUGCACAAAUUGGUCUCUCUAAGUAUUUGCGUGCAUUCACUGGAGUCAAACGGUUCACUGCGUUAGCUAUGUUUUUAAGUCCUAGUGAUAAAGAGUUGGUCGGAAAAAUGUUGGAAAUUUGCAAGACGACUGAAAAUCUUAGCGACGAGGAGUAUAAAGAUCUGAGGAUCAAAUAUGAACUCUAGUUAUAUGUGGCUUAGUGACUGACCGAUGUACAGUUGCUAUGUGGAACUGAUCGAGUGCUUCGAACAAAUUUCAUGGAUUGCUCGAAUUAUAUCCGCCUUAUCACAUACUAGCUGAUGCCUGCGACUUCGUCCGCGUAGAUACAGGGUUGUAAAAAAUAGGCCAGUUUGGAAUUGAAGAUUAUCUCAUGCCCUAUUCCAGUUCCGGUUCCCGUUUUCGCUCCCGUUCCCAACAUAUUAUAUGAAUAUUAUUUCGAGGAAGAUUGCUUUGGCAAACUAAACCUACUAUUGAUAUAGUUAUAACUCAUUGAAGUGAAUUUAAGUUUUUCACAAAUCCCGAGAGAUCCAUAGAUUUUUCGAGGAUAAAAUGUAGCUCUAGUCAAUCACCUUACCAAAUUUCAUUAAGAUCGGUUCAGUAGCUCUUGCGUAAAAGCGUAACAAACUUACAUUCACAUUUAUAAUAUUAGUAGGGAUUAAACAUCAAAUUUAUAUAAGAUGAAUAUCGAUUGUUAGCCAAUAAUGCAAUGAAUUUGAAUAUGAGUUACAAAACAGAAUCAUAAUAUGACAAAAUUCAUUUGGUCAUUAAGACUUAAAACAGACUCUUGUGAAAGUCAAAGAGUACUACCUGCCGCUAUUUUGAAAGUGGGGAACAAGUAGCGAUAAGUCAUUGCCUCUCUGUUUCGAAAAAUAUCGAUAAAUUUUAUGCUGUGGCUUGUAUCGGGUGUCGCAAUAGUACAUAUAAUAAAUAAUUCAGGUAUGGGUAAAGUAUAACUAUAUACCUAUAUGUAGAUAACUAGAUAAAUGUAGUCAAUUUACCAGUGGUAGGCUCCUUUGCACAGGAUGCCGGCUAGAUUAUGGGUACCACAACGGUGAAUAUUACUACCGUGAAGUAGUAAUGUGUAAGCUAUUGUGUUUCGGUCUGAAAUUACUGGGCAAAUGAAAUUUAACAUCUUAAGUCUCAAGGCGACGAGCGUUGUUGUAUUGUAGUGCCGCUCAGCUUUGGGUUUCUCAAGAAUCCUAGCGAGUGUAAUGGGCAGGGCGUAUCAAUUACCACAAGUUGAACGUCUUGCUCGUCUCGUCUCUUAUUUUCAUAAAUAAAAUAAUGCAAAAUGCGAAACACAGUAAUUCUGUUUCACUGUUUCAAGUAAUACUGUUUCACGGCAGAAAUAGGCGCUGUUGGGGUACCGAUAAUCUAGUCGGCAUCCCGUGCAAAGGAGCCUCAAACUGGUAAGUCAAUAUUGGAGAAUCUUUCUAGCAUUAGCUUCUGCAUACGCCAAUCUUGCUACGAAGUCAUUGUCUCAAUUCUUACGUUAAUUGAAUCUUAUCAGGAUGCAGUUUAAGAUCCAACUUCAAAAUUAUUGUUUGUACGCUUCGACGCGUAAGACGUUAAAGCAGAAACUCUUAUGGGUAAUGUUGGAACUUCCUUGCACGGUGUUUCUAAGACGAUACCACAUGUUAUCAAUGUUAACUUUGUAUAAGAUUUCAAAAUGCAACGAUGAUAGUUGCAAAAUAUCGCAUUGAAGAAUUUUAAUAUUAUUUUUUAUGGCCUAAUUACUUAUCAUUCGUGUUUUCAAGAAGUAAUAUUUGAACGCUUUAUAAGUCUUAUAUGUAUGUUGAAUGAUAAAAAAUCUUAAGCUCUGUUCAAACUGAGGCGAAUAACGCGCGGGAAGCGGAACGCGUUUUAACGUAAUUCGCUCGCUUUCACCUCUCAAACUGACGCGACUUCCCGCGUGUAAUUUUUGGUUCUACAGUGGAGAAACAUCAUGCAUUGUGAGAUCAAACAAUUCUGCCUUGCGUUCUGCUCUUGUUUCGCUUUAACUUGAGCGACUACUCGCGUCAAUUUUAACACGUCCAUUCAAGUUAGCCGACACAAUCGGCGCGAGCGACUUUCGUCCCGCGUUCCGCGCGUUAUUCGCCUCAGUUUGAACAGAGCUUUAACAUAUUACAUUUCGUUGGUUUAAUUUAUUGUGCUCUCAAUUCUUAUAACAAUGGCGGAUAGAUUUCGCAAGAAUGCAAUGUUUGAUAACCAUUAUGUUGUUUAUUUUACAUGACAAUGUUUUAAUAUACUUUUUUCCAUUUACCCUUUACGAGAAGAAGGUUUUAGUUCGUUAGUUAUUAAAAUAAAUGAAUUCAAAAUAGUAAA